CCAGGAUAAAUGGGAGGGGACAGUGCAUCCUCUAGGCCCCCAGGAAGGGAAACUAAAAGCCCAUCAAACCCCACCCCCUUCCCUGUGCCUGGAGGGCCUCUUCUGCAGGGCCAUCCACUCAUUUCUUCACCCACUCCACAACUAUUUACUGAGGACCUACUAAGUGCCAGGUACACCGUUCUAGGCUCUGGGGGUACAACAGGGUAAAAAACAAAGUCCCUGUGCCCAGGGAGCUGGCCUUCUAGAGGGAGGCACAGAACAAUAAAUAAAUAAUUGUAUAUAGCCUGUUGGAUGGAGAGACCCUCCCCGGGUGAAGGGGGCGGGAGAGGACCAGGAUCAGGGUGCUGUCUUAUAUGUGGAGGUCAGGAGGUCAGGGACAGUUCCCCCAAGAAGAUGGCAUUUGAGCAGAGACAUGGAGAAUAGUGCCUCGCGGCACCCGGGGUCAUGGAUCAGGGCACCCCCGUCCUUUGGGGACAGCAAAGUGUGGCCACAAGGACUCAUGCUGAGGGUGUGGCCUGGCGAUGCCUGUUCCCUUUCUCAGUGUCCCCAACCUGCCAUUAACCAGGAUGCUCUGGGACUGUAGCCAGGUGAGGCCCAGGCUUCCUCGUCGGCCAUUUCUGGAAUCAUCCGUCUCUCUGUGAAACCAGCGUGCCAGACCACACCCCCCUUGGUGUGCCCUUGCCUGAGGGGCCCAGCUUUGCCUUCUGUGGGAAGUGUCCCACUCCCUGGGCCUGGUCCAGGAUGGAGGGGCUCACAUCUCCCACCCCCAGUGAGCCUCAGCCACCGCCCGCCUGCUGGCCUGGCCUGGCCUGGCCGCCUCUGUGAGACCUGACCUGUCUGUCUGGUCCCUUUUCUCCCUUGGGCUCAGAUUUUACCUGUUGCCUCUCAUUCCAACUCCUCAAGGCUCCAGGAGCACAGAAAAUCAAUCCUGUCCCUGACCCUUCUGACAGACAGCAUCUGCCCUGCCUUCCCUGAACCAAGUCUCUCAUUUCACCCCAACAGUCCUUCCAGGUAGGGACAGUCACCCCCAGUCAUCCCCACAGGAGGCUCAGAGAGGGCACGUUCUUGCCUCAGGACACACAGCCCUGGCUGAAAACAGCCUCCUCUUCCAAAGUUCAGCUGGGUCCAGACGGCUCAUAAACUGGUCCAAACCUCGCUCAGGUCAAGGGCCACCUUGCUGGGCAGGAACGUGAGCUUUGGACACAGGCUUAGCGGAAGGCAUGCCUGAACCAGGCUCAGCUCCUAGAAGCGCUGGUGUAUGUGGUUCUUUUCCCCAAGGUCCCGGCUCCUUCUUCCUCAAGGCUCAGCUCUGGCCCUGGCCUUGCCCCUGGCUCGUUGAGUGACCCUGGACAGGCUUCAGUUCACUCUCUGGACUGUCCUGGCACGCCUCAGGCUCGUCCCUCUCGAUUCUAGCGGGGGAGAGUUUGCACUAUAACAGCCGAGUCGCGGGCAUCAGGACAGCCUGACUCUGUAUCCCAGGCCAUGGGCCUCCAGCUCCUGUAGCCCUCGGCCGGGUCUCUUCUCCCCGGCAGGAGUGGAACAGACAUACCCACAGGCAGAAAUCAGGAUAAUAAUCCCCCUAUUGAUUUUUGCCUCUCUCUCACUCCUGCCCUGUCCCCCGGGCUGUGGGAACUAUCCACAAUUACCCAGGGACAUCUGUCCCCGGUGUUCCCCUGCAGACUGAUAGCCACACAGCAGGCCACAGCGCGGCCACACCGACAGUUGAAUUAGAUCUUGUCCCUGCUCUGCUCGACAGUCCUCGCCCCCGUUGCCUGGGCCCAUCACCUCACCCACUCUGCUCUUUGUUUAGCAGGAACAUAGCCAGCCUGCACCCGCCUCAGGGCCUUUGCACAUGCUGUGCCCUUUGCCUGGAAGAUUCUGCCUCCAGUCAGCCUUCGAGUCGGAAGUGUCUGAGAUCAGCAUCAGCCAGAGUGAGAUCAACUUGGCCCUCAGGAAUCUGAGGGCCUGGAUGAAGGAUGAGAAAGUGCCCAAGAAUCUGGCCACGCAACUGGACUCGGCCUUCAUCCGGAAGGAGCCCUUCGGCCUGGUGCUUGUCAUCGCCCCCUGGAACUACCCUGUGAACCUGACCCUCGUGCCCCUGGUGGGCGCCCUUGCCGCAGGGAAUUGCGUGGUGCUGAAGCCAUCGGAGCUCAGCAGGAGCACCGAGAAGGUCCUGGCUGAGGUGCUGCCCCGAUACCUGGACCAGAGCUGCUUCGCCGUGGUGCUGGGCGGGCCCCAGGAGACGGGGCAGUUGCUGGAGCACAAGUUCGACUACAUCUUCUUCACGGGGAGCCCUCGGGUGGGCAGGAUCGUCAUGUCUGCGGCCGCCAAGCACCUGACGCCCGUCACGCUGGAGCUGGGGGGCAAGAACCCCUGCUACGUGGACGACGACUGUGACCCCCAGACCGUGGCCAACCGCCUGGCCUGGUUCCGCUACUUCAACACCGGCCAGACCUGCGUGGCCCCCGACUACGUCCUGUGCAGCCCUGACACGCAGGAGCGGCUGCUGCCCGCCCUGCAGAACGCCAUCACCCGCUUCUACGGCGAGGACCCCCGGAGCUCCCCGAACCUGGGCCGCAUCAUCAGCGACAAGCACUUCCAGCGGCUCCGAGGCCUGCUGGGCUGUGGCCGCGUGGCCAUUGGCGGCCAGAGCGACGAGAGCGAGCGCUACAUCGCCCCCACGGUGCUGGUGGACGUGGAGGAGACGGAACCCGUGAUGCAGGAGGAGAUCUUCGGACCCAUCCUGCCCAUCGUGAACGUGAGGAGCCUGGACGAGGCCAUCGACUUCAUCAACCGUCGGGAGAAGCCCCUGGCCCUGUACGCCUUCUCCAACAACAAACAGGUGGUCAAGCGAGUGCUGGCCCAGACCAGCAGUGGGAGCUUCUGCGGGAAUGAUGGCUUCAUGCACUUGACCCUCGACAGCCUGCCUUUUGGAGGAGUCGGUGCCAGUGGGAUGGGCAGCUACCAUGGCAAGUUCUCCUUUGACACCUUCUCCCACCACCGCGCCUGCCUGCUGCGCUGCCCCGGGAUGGAGAAGAUCUACUCCAUCCGCUACCCGCCCUACUCACCUCGCAAGCUGAGGGUGCUGCUGAUGGCCAUGGAGGCCCGUGGCUGCAGCUGUACCUUGCUCUGAGCCCGCCUCAGGCACCAGGGUGUCCCUCCAACUCUCAUCUGAGUCCACUGCCCCUGCCACCUGCAGCUCCUGGAGAUGUGGCCUGGGCUUCACACACAAGGAGGAAAAGACCACAGCCCGGACCGGCCUUGCCCUCCUCCCUCCCAGGGCCUUCUCCUCCAGCCCUCAGCCUCCUCCCUUGGCUGCCCCCCGGCUAGGACGGGCCACGGUGAGGGAGCAUGGGAAACAAGGCAGUAACCUGCCCUCUCCCACCUCCGAUGUAGCCACCUGUGUCCUGGGAGAGGCAGGCAGACAGGGAUGCCUCUGAGUCACCCCCUUCCUGUGAAGGGUGCAGAAGGGGCCCUGGAGUCUGGUCCAGGCCACACCGCAGACCUGCAGUGGCCCAGGCCCUGGGCAAAAAAAUCUUUGCCCUCCCUCCCUGAGUUUGUUUUUCUAUCUGCACAGUGGAGGUGAUGUCUUGGCACCUUUGGAGAUCGUCAUGAGGAUUCGAUUUUGCAGUUUAAUAAAUGAAUUGUUGACCCCAA